CUCCUCCAUGUAUCCUGAACUGUCAAACAAGGUGAGUAAGACUGAUGAAUUAUUCCCUUUCUAACUUGAAUCACACCACCACAACUGAAGGGUGCAUAUCAUCCUGAGGCCUAUGUGUAUCAGCGUAAUGAGAUAGUUGAUCUACUGGAGUAUGGGCGUCUUCGUGGAAUUCGAAUAAUUCCGGAGUUCGAUACACCAGCACAUACACGGUCAUGGGGAAAUGGCUAUCCCGAUGUACUCACUCCUUGUCAUACUCAAGACGACGAAGGAAAUCAAAUACUCGGUCCUGUCAAUCCAACCAAUCUCACCUUUAUUCAGAACUUGUACCACGAAAUUCGCCGUGUGUUUUCUGCUGACAACCACGUUCAUUUAGGCGGAAAUGAUGUGGAUUUCACAUGCUGGCAGUCAAAUCCUGACAUCACAAAAUUCAUGCAGGAGCAAGGAUUCAACAAUGACUAUACAAAGUUGAUGAACUACUACAUGACACAACUUGUAGAAAUUGUCAGGACCGCAUCGUUGGGAUCUCCAGUGGUUCCGAUUGUUUGGCAGGAUGUAUAUCAGGAUGGAUUUCGUAGUGACAAGGAUAUGAUUGUUCAAGUAUACAAAUCUGAUGAAUGGAAGAAGAGUGUUGAGGAGAUCACAAGAGCGGGAUUCAAAGUUCUCAUAUCGUCGUGUUGGAAUUUCAGUGAUGUGAGUCUCGGAGACGACUGGCGAGCGUUCUACGAGUGUGAUCCCUUGGAUUUCGAAGGAAGUCAAGCGGAAGUGGCACUGGUCAUUGGAGGAGAAGGUGUGAUUCCAGGUGACUACGUGGAUGACUCAAAUCUCAUGUUGGUGUCAUGGCCUCACGCGGCUGCAAUAGCUGAACAACUCUGGUCUCAAGAGAGGACGAGCACAGACGAAUUCGGUGACCGGCUGAGUGAACUUCGUUGUCGAAUGAGAAGACUAAAUUGGGAUGUUCAACCAGUGAAUGGACCAGAAUUCUGCUCAGUUUGAUUCACCAUACACCGAAGCGUCUUCUUCCAAUUCGCACACACACACACAGACAGUACUUUCCAUGAGAGUUCAAUAGACAGAAUGACGCUUGAUAUGUGCAGCCAGUAUGUGUGUCUGUGUCAGAGUGUCGACACAUCCAAUUAUUCCACUCUCUCCCUAUCCUUCCAUUUUCCAACCUCUUCGACAGCUUC